AGAGAACACCCCACUGAUCAUCUCCAGCACCGACAGACCCGUCAGAACCGGCAUCCGCAAGUGGAUCCAGCAGUACUCAGACUCACUGAUCAAGGCUUCAUCACUACAGCAGAACAUCGAUCAGUUCAUGAAUGACUACGACACACAGAAGGAGGAGGAGGCGGAGCGUCAGAAGGAGGAGGCGGAGCAUCAACAGGAGGAUGAGGAGGGCUGGGUGAAGGUGACGAAGGGCAGCCGCGGUGUGAAGGUCCGCCCACACAGCGAGACGGCCAAUGAGAGGACACUUCAGAAGGAGAAGAAGAAGAAAGAGCGCAAGGAGCUGCUGAACUUCUACACGUGGCAGCACAGAAACACUCAGAAAGAAUAUAUCGCUGAGCUGAGGAAGAAGUUUGAAGAGGACAAACAGAGAAUCGCUGUACUGAGAGCACAGAGGAAAUUCAGACCCUACUGAUUCAACCUACCCACAAUCCCCUGCACCCGCUGACUCCACCUACCCACAAUCCCCUGCACCCGCUGACUCCACAUACCCACAAUGCCCUGCACCUGUUGGCCUGUACUGUCUGGUAACAUGAAGGUUCAUUUGAAAUAAAGUCUGGAGAACAUCAAA